GCAUUUUUGCUGGAGUCUACCAUUUUUAUUUUAGUUCAUAAAAUAUAUAUAUUUCCUCUCCUUAUUUCGGUUGUGCGCGUACAUUAACUGCUAAAAAACUAUUCUUCUAACGUUGUCCGGGUGUUAAAAGUCUAGCUUGCUGCGAGAAACGACCAAUCUCCAACGCGAUUUUCCCAUUUAAUUUUUUUUCCACCGUAAAAAAAAAUUUUUGUGAGUGAAGAGCCAACCUUGAGAAACACCCAGCACAGCAGUUCCAAAAGUUUCGCCUGCUCAAUUGCUCAUCUGUGAAAUCGCGCUCACGAGCCUACUAUAUUGCUGAGUCAGCGAGGCCUGCAAGGAGAACGCCUCCAUCAUGGACAAGAUGCGUAUACUGAAGGAAAGCCGCCCCGAAAUAAUUAUCGGUGGCAAAUAUCGGGUCAUACGCAAGAUAGGCAGCGGCUCUUUCGGUGACAUCUAUCUGGGCAUGAGCAUCCAGAGCGGCGAGGAGGUGGCCAUCAAGAUGGAGAGUGCCCAUGCCCGUCAUCCCCAGCUGUUGUACGAGGCCAAGCUGUAUCGCAUCCUGAGCGGCGGCGUUGGCUUCCCACGCAUCCGCCAUCACGGCAAGGAGAAGAACUUCAAUACGCUGGUGAUGGACCUGCUGGGCCCCUCGUUGGAGGAUCUAUUCAAUUUCUGUACGCGUCACUUCACCAUCAAGACAGUGCUGAUGCUGGUCGAUCAGAUGAUCGGUCGCCUUGAGUAUAUCCAUCUGAAGUGCUUCAUCCAUCGCGACAUUAAGCCGGACAACUUCCUCAUGGGCAUCGGUCGCCACUGCAACAAGCUCUUCCUGAUUGACUUUGGUUUGGCCAAGAAGUAUCGGGAUCCGCACACGCGCCACCACAUCUUGUACAGGGAGGAUAAGAACUUGACGGGCACCGCCCGCUAUGCCUCGAUCAAUGCCCAUCUGGGCAUCGAGCAGUCGCGUCGCGACGACAUGGAGUCCCUUGGCUAUGUGAUGAUGUACUUCAAUCGCGGCGUCCUGCCCUGGCAGGGCAUGAAGGCCAACAACAAGCAACAGAAAUAUGAGAAAAUCUCAGAGAAGAAAAUGUCAACGCCCAUCGAGGUGCUGUGCAAGGGUUCGCCGGCCGAGUUCUCAAUGUAUUUGAAUUAUUGCCGUAGCUUGCGUUUCGAGGAACAGCCGGACUACAUGUACCUACGUCAAUUGUUCCGCAUACUGUUUAGGACUCUGAACCAUCAGUAUGACUACAUCUACGACUGGACAAUGUUGAAGCAGAAGACCCAUCAGGGUCAGGCGAAUCCUGCAAUACUCCUGGAACAAUUGGACAAGGAUAAGGAGAAGCAGAACGGCAAGCCGCUGAUUGCGGACUAGGGCGAUGCAUUCACGGCGGGCGGUUGUUGAAGCAAAUUGCAAACAAAAAACACUGUGGGGGGGGGGGGAUAAAACAUACAAAAA